GGCUGCCCGGAACGCGCCCGGCUCCUCGCCAUUUAUAGCGGCCGGGAGGAGUCAGGGCCCGGCCGAGCCAGGGCCCGGCCCAGCUUGGCCCGGCCCAGCUUCCCCCGGCCGCGGCAGCAGCGGGACGGGCGCUGGGGCAGAUGCCCUGUGCACAUCCCAGACCUCCCCUCACCACUGUGCCUUGCGCUGAGCCUGCCCAGCAAGAGGAGCAUGUCCUGACCUCACGCUCUUGAGAUGGCAGCUAUCCAGAGCUUCAGCGCCGCCCACCCCGGCGACCCCCAGCCUGGGGACCUGAUCGAGAUCUUCCGGCCAGCUUACCAGCACUGGGCCCUCUACCUGGGGGACGGGUACGUCAUCAACGUGACACCCGUAGAUGAAGGGCCCCCAGCAACGUUCGCCAGUGCCAAGUCCGUGUUCAGCAGAAAGGCCCGGGUGAGGAUGCAGCUCCUGAAGGAUGUGGUGGGAAGUGACACCUACCACAUCAACAACAAGUACGAUGACACCUAUGCUCCCCUCCCAGUGGAGGAGAUCAUCCGACGUGCUGAGUACCUUAUUGACCAGGAGGUGUCCUACGACCUCCUUGGCAACAACUGCGAGCACUUUGUGACACUGCUCCGCUACGGCGAGGGGGUUUCUGACCAGGCCAACCGAGCAAUCAGUGCCAUUGGGUUUGUUACAGCUGCUGCUGGUGCCUUCUCCUUGCUGGGCUUGCUCCGGGGCAGAUCCAGGGAGAGACAGUACUGAUGGACCCAGGACGAUUUGUGGCCAUAGUUGCCACCAAGACUUACUAACAACUGUGUUGCCGUUGCUGAGCGUGGCACUAGCCUUUUUGCCAUUUCUGCUUUUAUUUCAUUGCCUGUCAUGAUUUCUGUGGUAGUCUGAGAGUCCUUGCAAGCAAAUUCUCCCUCCUUACACCCCCACCUUACACACCUCUGCUGAGGGCUGGCGCAAGCAUUCUACACACAUCCUGCUUUUAUCAGCUACAUCCUAUGGGCUCUUUAUGUGAAUAACCUAUUUUCACCUUAACAAGUUUUGGUUUUGUUUUUUUUUGUUUUUCUAUCAAAAGUAAUGUAAAAGUAUUGCCAAGGGUUUACUGUGUGUCCUCCAGCUGAGGGCCUGUGCAAGUGGAAAACCCCAGGUUCCCAGGCCUGCGAAAGGGCAGACAAGGUACGUGCUGUGUCUCAGAGCCUGUGCCUGCAGUGCCUAAAUUGAGCUGCUCCUGCGAGGGCAGGGUGUAGGAAGGAAGGGCAGGUCUUACAGGCUGUAUCCCUCAGAGUUUUAAAUUAAUGCUCUGGUUUUGGCAUUAUGGUGUUUUGCUCAGUUUUGUCCAACCUGGAAAGCCUCCCUUUCCCUAGCUUCUCUGACUCCCUUUGGGAGCAGCAGACCCCCAGUCUGGGGAGGGUUCUGACAAAAAACCCAGCUAGUUUGGUUUUUUUCUGGCAGCUGUUUGUUCUAUGUUGGGACCACUGUGCCACUGAAAUUUCCCUCCUCAUCCCUGUAAGUGCAGUAAUUGUUGGCAUUGGACCUGACCAAGCUUUCUAGAUGAUCUUUAAGGUCCCUUCCAAACUGAACCAUUCUAUGAUUCUACUCCUUGGGCUGCCAAAGCACUGAGGUUUAAAGAAAGACCACCAUGGAUUGCAGGGGCAGCCAGUUGCCCCCCAGAGCUGGGGCCACUGGCUCCUCCCUGACCAGCAGUUAAGUUUAAGCACUUUGAAGCCCCUGCCCAAGAUGGAUCUUCCUCCAGCCAGCAGGAAGGCAAAGCCAGGGUCCCUGCGGUGCUGUGGGCAACGUACCUGGAGAAUGAGCUGUGAGGCACCUAUGCCUCAUCUCCAAAUCUAGAGAGCCCUGCUAUUUCCUUGUCACAAAGCUGAUGUGUGGCUUGUCAUAAAAGAAACCAGUUCUGGAAAAGUGUGAUUUAUUAUUCUUUACCAGGAGUAUCUGGCUUGUGUGUUUGGAACCAUGUUAUUUGCAGACCACAUGUAAGAAAUGAAAUCCUGUGUUGCUUUCACCACGUGCAGCUGCCUGGACUGUAAGAAGAGAUGAGAGCAAAAGAGCUGUCUGUAAGAGGCUUGCUAUUUUUGUCUGCUCUUAACAUGUACAUAACGGGAUUAGAAGCUUUUUUUAAACAUCAGUUGUUUCAAUGUUUGAAAUAACAAAGCCAAGGCUUCUGACUGUACUUUGUAGUGCCCUCUGUUAUUACAUUUAAAUAAAGUUCUUUUUUAAUAUGGGAAAACAUUAUAAUAAAACUGAACCUGAAAGUCC